CCCUCCGCCUCCUCCUCCUCCCUUGCCCGCAGCGGAGAGUCCCCUCCCCCCACCCGUCGGGCUCCUCGGCGGCUACUGCAGAGGAUUCAGAGCCGAGUCGCUGAGGAGGAGGAGGAGGAGGCUUCUGUCCCUGCGCGCCAUCCGCCACUCUACUGGACACGGGCGAGGAAGCGAGAGCGUCCCCGCUGUAGCCUCCAGAGAAGACAAGGGCAUCGCUGCUUCAGCCGCCACCGCCGCUUUCGCGUGCAGCCGCUCACCGGAUCCUCAGUCUUCCACAAUGAACCCUGUUUACAGCCCCGUGCAGCCUGGGGCUCCUUAUGGCAACCCUAAGAACAUGGCCUACACGGGUUACCCCACAGCCUACCCGGCAGCUGCCCCUGCCUACAAUCCAAGCCUGUACCCAACCAAUAAUCCCAGUUAUGCUCCAGAAUUUCAGUUCCUGCAUUCAGCUUAUGCCACCCUGCUGAUGAAACAGGCCUGGCCACAGAACUCGUCUUCCUGUGGCACUGAAGGCACCUUCCACCUCCCAGUGGACACCGGGACCGAGAACCGAACUUACCAAGCAUCCUCUGCGGCUUUCAGAUAUACUGCGGGGACACCGUACAAAGUCCCACCAACCCAGAGUAAUACUGCUCCACCCCCCUACUCCCCAUCACCCAACCCCUAUCAGACGGCCAUGUAUCCAAUCAGAAGUGCCUACCCCCAGCAGAACCUGUAUGCCCAGGGAGCCUACUACACACAGCCGGUGUACGCUGCUCAGCCUCAUGUCAUCCACCAUACCACGGUUGUCCAGCCCAACAGCAUUCCCUCUGCCAUCUAUCCGGCUCCUGUUGCUGCCCCUAGGACCAACGGUGUAGCCAUGGGCAUGGUCGCAGGCACCACCAUGGCAAUGUCAGCAGGUACCCUGCUGACUACACCCCAGCACACUGCGAUCGGGGCACACCCCGUCUCCAUGCCAACAUACAGGGCCCAAGGAACCCCUGCAUACAGCUACGUGCCCCCGCACUGGUAAAGCCUACAGCCCAUCCAGAUCUGGAGUCACACAUUGUAUGCAACUACUCAAGUCUUACACCGGUGCUGGAGCAGCUCCCUAGCAGCACCACCUCUAUUUGCAAGAAGAGAACGGAAGUGCAAGGGUCACUUUAUGCAUCUUUAAUGGUUUUGGUUUUUAUUUUUGGUUUUUGUAAAAGCUGCUUUUUCUAAUCUCCUGCCUCUCCCCCAUUGCCUCCUCUUAGUUGCUUCCCUUCCAGCUCUACCCAUUCCUCCUCCCUGACCAGGCCACACUCCCCCACACCUCUUUUCUUCCCCAAGUGUCCUGUCCUCAGGAUCCCAGUCUAGUGGCAGAGAGUGGGUUUGUUGCAUUGGUUCAACUGAAGUCCAAGCUUUACUGGAAAACCAUAAACAGAUGUGGCCCUCAGGUCUGGAGUAAGAGCUAUUGAAAAGGCCACAUCUCUGAGUAGUUGUUCUUUUUCUGGUUUUUCUUAAGCAAGAUAGUUCAGGAUAUUAUUAUGUCCUGACAAAAAUGAAAUCAUGAAAUGUCUUCUGAGAACCAUCGCAACAGACCAAAAAUAAAACCAUCUGAUUAUGUAGGGCUGUAUUAGCAGCUUCAUACCCCAGGCUGAGAACCUGGGAAACUAGUCUUUGGGAGAAUUGGGGUGGGGGUGGGGGGAACACUGUGGGGAAGGAGAGAGAAGAAGGCAAAAGAGGUCCUUGCCCUAAUGGCUUUGGUUGGAAAGGUCUGGCUGUGGAGUUUGGGCCUGGACCUUCUGAUUUGCACAGUGAUGUUAACUGACCUGGCACUUCCUCAAAAGGUGAUUUUGACCUCAGACCUGCCAAGCAGCUGCAGGGUAGUGGGCCCUCAGUGUCCCCAGGCCUCUGAAGGCCAGGUGCCCUAUAUAAUUCAGACCUCGGCCUCUGAGCCUUCAUGUACCCACUCUGAUGAGGAAUUUCCUCCUGAUUAGAGUGGGACCCUUUAACAUUUCUUUCCCAUUCCCUUCUUCUAGUGCCAGGGUUCACCCAUCUGUGUCUGUCUGUGGGGCUGACAGGCAGGCCAAGCUCUUGGUUAUCUUGUGCCAUUCACGGCCAAAGUGAAGGAACCACAUUCCAGGUGGGUGCUGGCAGCUUUGAAGGUCAGGAUAGUGAAGGAAAAGCAAUAGCAAUAAACAUUUCAUAGACUCGUGGUACUGAAGGGACCUUAGCAAUCAUCUCAUCCAUUUCCCUAUUUGACACAUGAGGAAAGUGAGGCCGAGAGAAUAGACUUCUUUAGAUCUCACAGUAAAUUAGCAUUAAAUGCAGCCUUCCUACCUAGUGGCACGUUGCCUACAAAAAUGUACCUAGGAAUGGAUUGGCUUGGUUUUAUAAAAAUUAAGUCAUCAGCGCCCACACCUGGUGAGCUCUGGAAUGAUCUGUGGGCUGUUCUUUGUGCUCCCCGCCCCAUGGACUGCUAAGGUGAUGGAGGUUGAAGAUGGGGCAGAGGCCGUGUGGGGGCAGAUGGCAACAACAGAAAUUGCAAAUGAAGAACUAGCAUUUGGAAAUUCUGUGAAGACAUCUGGAACUUCAUCCUUUACCUGGCUCCACCCCUAGGAAAAGGAGCAGGUGGGCUGGCGGAAAAGGAGAGGCCCUGCUUUUAGGACAGUAGCCCCUCGUCCUGAGAAGAGAAGAGUGGGAAGCAUCAGGAGAGGAGCACGAGGGUGAGGCCCAGCAGACAUGGGCUCAUCUUGGAGAAGAGGGACCCCUGGACACAAAGGCCCUUGCUAGCCUUAGCCAGGAGCCUGAAUUACCUGGCAUUUAGCUGGGCCAGCAGCCCCUCUGGGGUGGGGCAAGAACAUUUUACUGUACAAAAUGGGAUCACUGACAACAUUUGAGACUUUUAAAUAAUGAUCUUCAUUUUAAAUUCAUGUAAACUUGGACAUGCCUUCCCCCUACCUCUCCCUAAUUGAAGAAAAACAUCUGGAAACCCUUGGGCAAAAGGACUUGGCUGUACCCAGGAGGUCCAAACCCAUCCACAUCCUUGGCCCAGAAUUGGAAGUUAGAGAGCCCACCUUCUAGGAAACUGUAGAAUCAGUAAGAGAAAACCCAGAUGCCCUGAGUGGUUUUUGGAGUGCUGGUGAGGUUUCAUUUUAAAAUAACAAAGUUGGUCAGUGUUAAUACAUUCAUUUGCAAAUACCUCUUCCCACUCUCUUUGAUUUUGUGAAGGUGGGCGAAGGCUGUUCUAGAUCAUAUCAUAUGUGUUUGAAGAUGCCAAAACGAUAAUGGUGAUGAUAAUAAUAAUAGGAAACCUUUACAUUUGUCAGGUGCUUCAUAGAUUGAAAGCACUUCACAGCCUACAAUUUACUGAGCCUGAAGGAGAGAAACAGGAUCAGUUAAUCCACUCAUUUGACAAGUGUGGAAACAGGCUCCAGAGGGAAAGGGUGAGCUGAAGGCUGGGAUCUUAACAGACUUCCUGCACCCUGCCGCCUCCAAGUGGAACAGAAAAGAGGAAAAAAAGAGAGUGACCUAGGAAUGACCUUGUAACUGCUAUUCUUCCUACACCAGUAAAUAAAAACCAACAUCAGUACCUCAUGGUUCACAGAGCAGUUUAACAUACAUGAUAUGACUUAACCCUGGGAAAUGGAGAUUAUGCCUAUCAUUUGAUCCAUGAGGAAUGCCAAGGCUCAGAAAAGUGGUGACUUGCUAAAUAAGCCACAGAGCCACUUGAAGGCCCAGGUUUCCUGCUGUCCCUUUUCCUCCAGUCUGACCCUCACACAAGCUCAUGUACUUAAGCAUCUAUGCCCUAUACCAAGUCUUAAUCCCUAGUCCCUCAAGAUCAAAGUGAGGCCCCAGGUGAAGGUAAGGCACUGCGAGGCUGUGGCCUGCAGCAGCCAGGUCUAGGAUUUUUUUCAUUGUGAGCAUUGGUGGCCCAGUUCAGCUUGCCUCGCCCUCUUUGUCCUGAUUCAGAUCCACAAACCCAUCCAGGCUUGGGGAGUCGCUGCAAAUGAACUGAGCCUGGAGAAUAAGGCAGUGUGCCCAGGCAGGUCACAGGAAGAAGGUUCUGUUGGUAUCAUCCUGGGAUUCUGGAUGGCCCAGUGAUCAAGGUGGAUGGAAGGUCAGAGCCAGAAUAUCCAUGUCAUAUUAGGAAGAUGGGCAAAUCAGAGAGGACAAAGGACAGGCUACAAGAUGUAGCUGCAGUUCUAGCAACUGCAUACCCCCACUCCUUCCCAUGCCACUGCUUCUCCCCAGAUCAACACCUUGGUGGCCAGGGCUCAGGAUGAAAGUGGUUCCAUGCACCUUUUGGCUUCUGUCACUCCUGCCUGACUCUUCACCAGCCUUCAACUCAGAAGUUUGGAAGCUGGAUUACCUACAAGUAGUGAAAGCCUGAAACAUAAUCUUUGCCACACUUU